UCGUUUCCUUCCCAGCAUGCUUUAGUUAUGAUGUCCGCCAUUUAUUGUGGCUUACAAGAAAGGAAUAGGCUGCACAUCUUGUUCGAUGUCUGUUUGGGAUUUUCAUUCGAAGAAAUGAAACGAAAAUGUGAGAGAAGAGAGCUUUAGAGACAUUAAUUUCUGUUUUUUGGACUUUAUGUUAUGGAGGUGAGUUGAAUCUGAGAAAACAGCCGCCGUUUGCUUGUCGGAUUGAGUUGCGAGAUUAUUUGCCUCGAGAAGAUGGCAGAUAGAUCCCUUUUCAAUGAAAACAUGGCCGUUUCUUCGGACAGUGUUAAUUCUCAGCAUAAUUUGAAAGAUAAUUCUAAAGAUGAGAAUGAACUUCGUUCCUCUCAGAGUUACUCUAAAACAGAUGCUCCUAAGAAGAAAACUACUUUUAAAAUAAUUGGUGUUACUUACAAGUCUCAAAGGGGCGGAAGCGGGGAUUUGACACAGGAUAAUGACGGAGACAGUAUUGAUGAUUUGGACGAAACUGUUGAUAGCCACACCGAAGAUUAUAGUUCAGAAUUCUACGACACCAGCUCAAGAGCAACAGACGUUGAUAACCAGGAUCCACUUACACCUGAAGAAGUGAUUAAAGAAAAGCCUGUAAGGUUCAAGGUGGUUAAGAUUGAAUCGAAGGAGCCCUUCAAACGUGGAAGGUGGAUGUGUUAUGAUUAUCUUGACGGACCAGAGAAGGUAGAGAAUAAGCAAGAUGAGAUAAGUGUAAAUUCUGGCAGCUCCAGCGCUACCAAUUCUGUUCAUUAUGUCCAUGGUGUGGAUGAUCCAUCAAAAAAUCCACUGCUGGCUGGAGCGUCAGGGACCGUGGUUUCUCAACAUCACCAGAGCUCUUUGAUAUUGCAAGACAUGUCUAGUGGUUCUGGAGGCGGCACCAGAGGCCCAGGUGAAAUGUUCCAGCCUAUACAGCCCGCUUCAACUAGUCAUCUUGGAAUGAAUCAGGCACCUCUAGUCUCUGGACAAUCUCUUCCAAAUGUCUCGUAUCAACAUCAAGGUGGUCAGUCCAUGUUGAAUGCAUUUUCAAAUAUUGCUCAGUCAGCAAGACCAACUCAAACACUGGCAAACACACCGGUAUACUCAAGCCAAGGUGGUCAUCCGAUAUCUGUACCUUAUCCUGUUAUUGGUGCUGUGCAUUCAACAGCACCCAUGAAUCAGCCUUUACAGCCAGGUGCUUCAUUACCAGCAUUGACCCAGACACAGGUAAAUGCAAGUCUACCAGGAGGCAUACCUUACCCAAGUGCUCAAGUACAACCACAACAACAGCAGCAGCAGCCUCCUGCAGCAAUGACGGCAAUUAUUCCAACUAUUGCAGCUAUUCCAGCCACGAUGCAUUCCCAACCAGCCACCUUAGGCCCAGGUAUUGGACUUGCUGCCGCACCCAUUGGCAUCACUCAGGUCCCUAGUUCUAUGCAACCAGGGGACUUGGUUUCUUCAGCAACACAAGUGCAGGCUUCUGUUGGUCAGCCAGCUGUACUGCAGCCACAACAGCAACCGCAAGUCCAGCAGCUUCCACCCCCUUCCCAACCUCAGCAAGUGGCACCACAUGUAGCCUACGAGACAGCCGUUCCGCAGACUGCUCCUGGAUUUAACUUACUACCUUCAGCUGCUGCAGGCUCUAUACCUCCCAGCAUACCUCAGCAGAACCACUUACCCACUUCUUCUGUGGAAACAGCUCAAGUCGAAGGGCUUCCCUCUGGUGACCAGCAGAAGACUACCCUUGCGCCAUCCAAGAGCUCGGCUGAUUUGUCCGGAACUGCAGUACUUCGACCUGAAAUGCCAGAUGGAGCUGAUGAAACAAGUUUGGGCCAUGGUCUAGUGCCUCUGGAUAUUGGUGUUGCAGGAAUCUCCAGUCCUAACCCAGAGGAGGAGAUAGCUGAGGAAGCUUUCUUGGACUUUUUCUCCUUGACCAACUUUGAUGGUUCAGCUCUUCUUCUUCCAACCAUGUUGGAUGAAGCCGGAUUAUUCUUUGAAAAUGAAUUGAGCAAGAAGUCCGUCGCCUGGCAGGAUUCCUCGCCCGGGGCGCCCCCAGAAAACGCCGCCACUGCCCCCCACCCCACCCCAUCAGCUGCCCACCUUAGAAAUAGAGCUAGCAGGCAGAGUCUGCCUAACAUUAGGGUCUAUGGCUCCUUUGAGCACGUGAGUGAUCGCCGGCGGCCCUCCUUGUGCACUGAUGUGCAGGGUGGUGUUCAAAGGGACAGUGGGUCCAGUACUGUUGCCAUCGAUAACAAGAUUGAACAAGCAAUGGACCUGGUGAAGUCUCACCUCAUGUAUGCUGUACGUGAGGAGGUGGAAGUUCUUAAGGAGCAAAUCAAGGAGUUGACUGAGCGCAUUGCUCAACUUGAGAUUGAAAAUGCCAUCCUCAAGGCUGCAGCUUCCCCCGAGACCUUACUUAAACUUCCAACAGCGCAAUCACAGGUCCCACCCCCAGUGUCAUCUUCUUCAUAACUGACAGUUGGUUGCUGUUCACUGAGCCUAUGAUGCAGGACCUGCAUCCAUCAUGUAGGUCCUUACACCUCUGAACAGGUUGAACUAGCUGAGCUCACCUGUCUUAAAAACAGACAGGUGCUGCACUGCCUGGUUGGGUACCGUCAGGCUAGGGAUCCAAGGAGGAGGUCAUCAUCUUUGUGAGAGACAGUCAUCUACUGCAUUAAGGUUGGUACUCAACGACUACCAGCUUUCUGCAGUGUUGUCUGCACAACAUGAGCUGCCUUGCAGACCCAAGAAGUGAAAACAGCAAGGGGUGGGACACCCUUAUUUCUGCUACGGGUCUUUGGUUCAAGACGAGGCAGAAGUGUAUCACGGAAGAGAGUUACAACAACAAUUGGCUGGAAACUGUCAUGUAAUCACUGCAGUGUUCAGACCACAGCACUUUCGUGGUUCUGUUCUGCACUCUUAGUAGUUUGGGGUCCUUGACAUCAGAGGUUGGGCACAUUCACAACACUUCCCCCCCACACCAAAUAAAAGGUAAAUUAUAAACUAUUUUAAUCAUUAGCUAUCACAGCAGCCAGAUGGGCUGUAACCUUCCUGCUGAAUUAUCCUGUGACCAGCUUAACCCAGCAAGUGACUGUGAUCUUUUCUUCAGACUGUAAGCUCAUUCAGGUGCUAAAAAGUGCUAAUGGUUGUGGAAAAUGUACUCUGAUAACAAUUCUUUAGAUAAAAUUCUAAGCAGGGAGGGAAGAUCAAGAAAUGAAAAACCUUUUAAACAGAACAUUUCUUCUAACCAGAAGAUGAUGGCAUCAUACAACACACUCAAGGCUGAGAUUAACAGGACUCUGCUGUGGUUUGUAAACAUUGCUGACAUGCUGAUUAUCCCACAACCUUACUGGAAGGUGAUACUUGAAAUGUGUCAGCAUACCAUGGACAUGUUUGCAUUUCCACUCUGCAUAUAAUUGUAUAUAACUACUUUGUUAACAUUAUGAUGUUAGCUUCAACUGUGCAUUAUUCAUUCAUAUACCUUGGUAUCUUGCAAUCGUGAAUAAUAAGUAUAAAAUUCCAAAGACUGUUUCAUUUCUAUCCAAUUUGACCUAAUAUUUCCUUGAUUUUAAAAAGCUUCAAACUUUUGGAUUUAAUGAUUUUGUAAUUUCGGUAGUAUAAUUGUCAAAUAAUUUUUUUUGCGUUUCGUGAUUUUCAUCUUUUUAGUGGCUUAGUGUGUGAUAAAAACAACUUUGAAAGAGAAGACUUGGCACAUCCCAUCUUAAAGCCAUUGAUACCAGGAUACUCAAUUGCUUAUCAGUCGUGCAUUCAGAUGUAGAUAAAGGGGAUUGUGCACAGCUGUUUGGCUUAGAGACUCACUAGAGAAAGACAAGACUGGCUGUGAAUGGGCUUUGACCAUCUAUGCACUGGGUGGUGAAAGUGUGCAAUUUCAUUUCAGUUUAUAACCAGGUGUACAGACCCAUUCACUUUGCCUGAUUUUAUGCUCAGAAAAUAAUCAUGUGCAUGGUGCACGCUGAGCAGACGUGGAUCCAGUUUGUGAACAUCCUGAAUGGCUUGGAACUGCUGCCAUUGUUUCCCCAUAUGCCCAUGGAUAAAAAUAUGACCCUGUGCCGCAUUAUAUUUAUAUAUAUUGCACUGGUAGAUGUAAACUAAGUUGAAACAAAUUUAACAUGUACCAUUUUGUCAAACAUUCUCAUUUUUGUAAUAUUUUCGUGAAAACACUUGUUGAAACAGAAGCACAGGUUUAGAGUUUGAUUUUAAAACUGUGUUGCGGCUUGAUUUUGAUGAGAACAGUGUUGGGAGGAUGUUAUCUCUCUAUCUCCCUCAGAAUGAAAGUAAAGAAAACGAAAUGAAGGUAACAAUAUGCUGAUAUACUAGAGGAGAUUAUGGAGUAGAACCUGUGAUGAAUUAUUUCAACAUUAGCACUUAGUGAUGUUUUGCUUUUUGUAAUUGUAGUUAUGAUGUAGGCAGUGGGGCGUAGGUCCCCAUACCAAAUCAUUUCUGUGACCAAAAUAUGUAUGUAAAGACAGUGCAGGUUUUGUUUAAAUGGCUGUGUCAACAUAGGUUUAUGCAUGAUAAAGAUAUCCUUCAUAUUCCCCAACACAAAUUUAAUGGGGUUUUUUUUUUCUUUUUUUUUUUUUCUUUCAUCACUCUAGCUGUGUGCUACCUGCCCUAUCUUUGGCAAAGUUCAUUUUUUCCAAUUCCCUUACCAUGCUUUAAUCCACUCUAGAUUGAUGUUCCAGACAGUAUUUUUGAUGUGGCCAGUUGUGUUUGUGACAUUUGAAAUAUUUGUGUGCAUAGUUGAGACACGUGCUUUUAUGGGUUAUCUCUUUUCCUUACAUUCUCAUAUCCAUCUAGUUAACCUACUAUCACGUUGAUCUAAAAUGACAAUUAUGAUCAUACCAUUACAUUUUAGUAUGAUAAAACAGCUAGUCAGAUGUAAAAGCAAGAAACUAAAUGGUGGUGGAGUAUCGCAUUUCCACCAUACCCAGUGUUUCCUUUUACAAUAUCUUUUUAAAAUAAAGUAGGCUUUUUUUUUUUUUCAAAGAAAACCAUUUGACUGAAGAGUAUUUAAAAGAGCAGAGAAAGAAUUCUAGGACUACUGUUGUGUUAGUGUAAGUAACGCAGUGAAUAAAAGGCUCAAAGAAGGAGAUUGGAAGAUGUCUGCAAGUUAAUGUAUACAGUCCUUUCUGUACAGAAUGUUGAGAGAGGGAAUGUGUGAGCAAUUGGCUGGUUACAGCAGAAUGUUCAGCAGUAGACUGGUGUUAAUCUGUUGCACUGUAGAAUAUGUACACUGGUCCCUUCUCAGUCAGUUUGAAGUCACAGAUGAUCGGUAUUAACCCAAGACCACAUGUUGCUGUACAGUUUCUGCUUCACCCACUGUUGACUAGCUGUCUUUCAUACCAAUGCCAUGGUGAUGGGAAACCCUGGCUGUGGGCUUUGCACCAUUGAACAUUGCUCAUUAGAAGAGUGUUUUCUUUUCCAAAUUGAUGUGUAGUAUUACUGUUUCUAUUACGAAUGUGUAGAGAACUUGCCCACUGCAUUUUUGUUCUGGAUUUUGCUGACGUACUGUAACAGCAAGCAUGUAAGUUGAUUAAUGUUUUGAGCACGAAUGUACAGUGCAUAAAAGUGAGAAUGUGUGUGGACAAGUUAAAUGACAUGAUUAACAAUAGCAUGGCGACUUCGGUGUUGAGUGUAUAUACACCAAGCUCGCAUUAAUAAUAAGAAUAAUAAAACUUCCCAUUUUGUAACAA